AUGCAACACAGCAGUUAUCCCAGAGGGAGAAGUGAGCUGCUUCGUUGGUUGAAUAACCUCUGUAAUUUCGAGUAUCCUGCGGUUGAAUCGCUUCGUGAUGGGGCUUCAUACUGCACGAUAAUAGAAGCCACCGUAAAGCGCAUCGCAAAUAAUUGUUCUUCUUUUAGCUUAGCGGAUGCAGAUCGCAUGACCGCGCGUGCGAGCCGUGCAUCUGCGCUACUUUCGAGGGUCGACUUGAGCAUCACGGCUAUAGUCUGCGAGAAUAUUGAUCCUUCUCUGGAUACUGCUUCUGUGCGGAACGCGUGCCGUAACAACAUGACUAUUUUUCAGGAAAUGUUGCGUGAGUGCGUUCCUCCCAAGCACAAGUUUGAAAUCGAUGUCGAUCGCUUGGCCAUGGGAAAGCUCCAAGAUCAUGUGAAGCUCCUCCAAUGGCUUUAUCAAUUUAUGUCGAAAGUGUUGGCACAGUACUCUAAAAGUGCAUUAGAAAAGAGGAUACAUCAAGAGCCUGGAAAGGUUGAGGGAGUAAAGCUAAAUCGUUCCAUUAUCUUGUUGGAACAAAAGCGUUUGGAAAAAGAGGCGUCUGAUCUCCGGCGUGGGAACAGGAGACCUUCCCAGUCCUCCGAAAUACGUGGUGCAUCCACUAGCAAUAAUGUUGUUGAACCAAAAGAACAGAUCAGUAAUGAUCCAGCGUCUUUUUCGAUAGGUAAAGACUCUGCAGUGCCCAGUAGCGAGGCUCAGGAGUUACCAGCACCUGGAAAAAAAAUAGUUCAUGCAGCUACCGAUGUUCGAUAUGCUGCACAGGAGGAUGCUCCGCCGGUAGGUUCACGAGUAGCGGGAAGCUCUUCCCGAAAACCGUGUAGCACCUCGAGGCCGCAUUCAGAAACUCGUAAGAGAAAUACAGCACCGUCGCCCUUCUACCAAACAGGCUCGGUGUUGAUACCGGAAAGUCUUAAGCAACUUCUUAGCAGCCUUCGUCAUGAAGUCGAAUCUUUGGAGGGGGUAGUUAUGCAAGCCCAUGAGAAUCACUACUCUAAUCUUACUCGUCGCAGGUCGCCGAUACGCGGGCUAGAGGAAAUGCAAGAUGAGCCGAAAACAGCACCCCCCACAAACAUCCCUUCUUUACAGGAAUUAGGUGAGCUUUUAGAGGAGAGAGAUGUGUUAGCACAACAGCUUGCGGGAACAGAUGCUGUGGUGCAGAGGUUCUGUCGAAAAGGGGUUCCUACCCCUCUACUAGCAGGUCUUUGUUCUAUUCUCUACCCAUCAACUGUAGAAUCCGAGGAGUGA